CGGGAGAAGGAAGGGGUGGGAAUCUGAGGAGAAGACUAUAUUUUUAUUAUUAUUUUUAAUUUUUUAAAAUAUUAUUUUCGCCGUACAAAGAGGACGCUCGGAAUUCACCGGCCUGUCGGCUCCCGAGAGGGACCCGGGAAUUGUGCGGUCGCUUUUCUUCACCUGCUCUUUUUUUUUUUUUUUUUUUUUUCUUUUUUUUUUCGGUUGAUCGGUUUGUUUUUUUGUUUGUUUUGACUGGGGGCUUUUAAAUUUUUCUUACUCUCCUUCUCCCUCCCCGCUGAGCAGCGGCGGCAGCAGCAAUAUGGCUGGUGAUGGGUUUUUUGGGGGGCGCUGGCGGCGGGAGGAGCUCUCGGAAGCCCCUGCGCGCCCGGCUCGCUGUUAGCUAUGGCAAAUGGCAGCGGCGGCGGCUCCUACCCGGGCGGCAGCGGCAGCGGCAUUAGAAUGAGUAACAAUAUCAACGCCAACAAUCUCAACACAGACUCGUCCUCCUCCCCCGUCAAUGUGCCCAAGAUGGAUGCGCUCAUCAUCCCGGUGACCAUGGAGGUGCCCUGCGAUAGCCGCGGACAGCGCAUGUGGUGGGCUUUCCUCGCCUCAUCCAUGGUUACUUUCUUUGGGGGACUGUUUAUCAUCCUGCUGUGGAGGACCCUCAAAUACCUGUGGACUGUCUGCUGCCACUGCGGGGUCAAAAACAAGGAGGCCCAGAAGAUCAAUGGUGGUGGAGAUACACAGGCAGAUGGAGCCUGCAAACCAACAGAUGAAAAAGAGGAGAAUGUGGCAGCAGAAGUGGGAUGGAUGACGUCUGUGAAGGAUUGGGCAGGAGUCAUGAUAUCUGCCCAGACAUUAACUGGCAGAGUACUUGUUGUCUUAGUCUUCGCUCUUAGUAUUGGUGCUCUUGUAAUAUACUUCAUAGAUUCAUCAAACCCAAUAGAAUCCUGCCAGAAUUUCUACAAAGAUUUCACAUUACAGAUCGACAUGGCUUUCAAUGUGUUCUUCCUACUCUACUUCGGCUUGCGUUUUAUAGCAGCCAAUGACAAGCUAUGGUUUUGGCUAGAAGUUAACUCAGUGGUAGAUUUCUUCACGGUCCCUCCAGUGUUUGUGUCAGUAUAUUUAAACAGAAGUUGGCUUGGUUUAAGAUUUUUAAGAGCCCUUAGACUGAUACAGUUCUCAGAAAUCUUGCAAUUUCUGAAUAUACUUAAAACAAGUAAUUCCAUCAAGCUAGUGAAUCUGUGCUCUAUAUUUAUCAGCACGUGGCUGACAGCAGCUGGGUUCAUACAUUUGGUGGAGAACUCAGGGGAUCCAUGGGAAAAUUUUCAAAAUAAUCAACCGCUGACAUAUUGGGAAUGUGUUUAUUUGCUGAUGGUUACAAUGUCCACCGUUGGCUAUGGAGAUGUUUAUGCAAAAACAACCCUUGGUCGCCUUUUCAUGGUCUUCUUCAUCCUUGGGGGAUUGGCCAUGUUUGCCAGCUACGUCCCUGAAAUCAUAGAGUUAAUAGGAAACCGCAAGAAAUAUGGUGGUUCCUAUAGUGCGGUUAGUGGAAGAAAGCACAUAGUUGUCUGUGGUCACAUAACACUUGAAAGUGUGUCGAACUUCCUGAAGGACUUCCUGCACAAGGAUAGGGAUGAUGUCAAUGUAGAAAUCGUCUUUCUGCAUAAUAUCUCCCCUAACCUUGAGCUGGAAGCUCUUUUUAAACGACACUUCACUCAGGUGGAAUUUUAUCAGGGUUCAGUCCUUAAUCCCCAUGACCUGGCGAGAGUGAAGAUAGAGUCAGCAGAUGCGUGCCUAAUCCUUGCCAAUAAAUACUGCGCUGACCCAGAUGCUGAAGAUGCCUCCAAUAUUAUGAGAGUUAUUUCCAUAAAGAAUUAUCAUCCGAAGAUAAGAAUUAUCACUCAGAUGUUGCAGUACCACAAUAAGGCCCAUCUACUAAAUAUCCCAAGCUGGAACUGGAAGGAAGGGGAUGAUGCAAUCUGUCUUGCUGAGCUGAAGCUGGGUUUCAUAGCCCAGAGCUGCCUGGCACCAGGCCUUUCAACAAUGUUAGCCAACCUCUUCUCUAUGAGGUCAUUCAUUAAGAUUGAGGAGGAUACGUGGCAGAAAUACUACCUGGAAGGAGUUGCAAAUGAAAUGUACACAGAAUAUCUGUCUAGUGCCUUUGUGGGUUUGUCCUUCCCUGCAGUUUGUGAACUGGUGUUUGCGAAACUGAAGCUCCUAAUGAUAGCCAUAGAGUACAAGUCGGAAAAGCGCGAGAGCAGUAUAUUAAUCAAUCCUGGAAACCACGUCAAGAUUCAAGAAGGUACCUUAGGAUUCUUCAUUGCAAGUGAUGCCAAAGAAGUAAAAAGGGCAUAUUUUUACUGCAAGGCCUGUCAUGAUGACAUCACAGAUCCCAAAAGGAUAAAAAAAUGUGGCUGCAAACGGCUAGCCACAAGGAGAGCAAAGCACAUGGAAAGCAUGCCUGAUGUGGAAGGAAUGUAUUCAUUGCCUAACAUAUUGGAAAAAAAUUGUUCAAGAACAGUUUAUCCAUGUGAGAAUGUGACCUUUGAACUUCUGCCAAAGCCAAUGAGUCUGCUGAUUGAAGAUGAGCAGCCGUCGACACUAUCACCCAAAAAAAAGCAGAGAAAUGGAGGCAUGCGAAAUUCACCCAACUCCUCACCCAAACUGAUGAGGCAUGACCCCUUGUUAAUUCCUGGCAACGAGCAGAUUGACAAUAUGGAUGCCAACGUGAAAAAAUACGACUCUACAGGGAUGUUUCAUUGGUGUCCAGCCAAAGACAUUGAAAAGGUCAUUUUGACUCGAAGUGAAGCAGCGAUGACAGUUUUAAGUGGGCAUGUAGUCGUUUGCAUAUUUGGGGAUGUUAAAUCUGCUUUGAUUGGAUUAAGAAAUUUAGUGAUGCCAUUACGAGCCAGCAACUUUCACUACCAUGAACUCAAGCACAUUGUGUUUGUGGGUUCACUUGAAUACCUGAGAAGGGAAUGGGAGACACUGCAUAACUUCCCCAAGGUUUCAAUCUUGCCUGGUACGCCAUUAAGUCGGGCUGAUUUAAGGGCUGUCAACAUCAACCUCUGCGACAUGUGCGUUAUCCUGUCAGCCAAUCAGAAUAAUAUUGAUGAUGCUUCGCUGCAGGACAAGGAAUGCAUCUUGGCGUCACUCAACAUCAAAUCUAUGCAGUUUGAUGACAGCAUUGGGGUCUUGCAGGCUAAUUCCCAAGGCUUUACACCCCCUGGGAUGGAUAGGACAUCUCCAGACAACAGUCCAGUCCAUGGCCUUUUACGUCAACCCUCCAUUACAACAGGAGCCAACAUCCCUAUUAUAACAGAGCUAGCUAAGCCUGGCAAACUUCUGCCUUUGGUUUCAAUCAGUCAGGAAAAAAACAGUGGAACCCACAUUCUAAUGAUAACUGAACUGGUAAAUGAUUCAAAUGUUCAGUUCCUGGACCAAGAUGAUGAUGAUGAUCCCGACACAGAGCUGUACCUCACGCAGCCCUUUGCAUGCGGAACUGCAUUUGCUGUCAGCGUGCUGGACUCUCUCAUGAGCGCAACAUACUUCAAUGACAAUAUCCUCACACUGAUACGGACAUUGGUAACAGGAGGAGCCACACCAGAGCUGGAAGCACUGAUUGCUGAGGAGAAUGCAUUGAGAGGAGGUUACAGCACGCCCCAGACACUUGCAAACAGGGACAGGUGUCGAGUUGCUCAGUUGGCUUUGUAUGAUGGGCCAUUUGCAGACCUAGGGGAUGGAGGUUGUUAUGGAGAUCUAUUUUGUAAAGCCCUGAAAACAUACAAUAUGCUUUGCUUUGGAAUUUAUCGAUUAAGGGAUGCACAUCUAAGUACUCCCAGCCAAUGCACUAAACGUUAUGUUAUCACAAACCCACCGUAUGAAUUUGAGCUUGUGCCGACGGACUUGAUCUUCUGUUUGAUGCAAUUUGACCACAACGCUGGCCAGUCCCGAGCCAGCCUUUCUCAUUCCUCCCACUCCUCCUAUUCCUCCAGCAAGAAGAGCUCAUCAGUUCACUCUAUCCCAUCGACAGCAAACCGCCCCAACCGCAGCAAGACCAGGGAUUCCCGGGACAAACAGAAUGCAACAAGGAUGAAUAGAAUGGGCCAAGCAGAAAAGAAAUGGUUUACAGAUGAGCCGGAUAAUGCCUAUCCCAGAAACAUUCAAAUCAAGCCCAUGAGCACUCACAUGGCCAAUCAGAUCAAUCAAUAUAAAUCGACAAGCAGCUUGAUACCACCAAUACGAGAAGUUGAAGAUGAAUGUUGACUCCUUCGAAGCCAGAACUAUUUUUUUAAAGCCUGACAAACUUCAUGAAUGGUGAUGUGACAUUUAUUCCUCUUACUUGCUGAACCACUGAUGGAGAAGUUAAGAAGGGCACGCUUAAUGGGAGAAUAAAGUAGACAGAUCUUUGUUUGUCUGCCUUUAAUAUUGCUUCCACGUAUUUUGGAAACUCUUUCAUUUAUAAAUGAACAUAAUCCAAACAAGUCAUGUAUAGCCUCUAGCAUUUUAAAUUAUUUUUAUUUAUUAGAAAAAAUAUAUUUUUCUUUUUCUUUUUUCAUUGUUACGUAUUUUCCCUUUAAAAAAUGGCAUAUGUGGCCAGACUCCUAAGAAUUAAAAAAAACACCAAACCAAUAAACCCUCAGUCUUUGGCAUAAAGGAGAAUGAUGGUCACAGUUAUAAGGAUAUGUAAUUAAGGGAGACAAAUUAUAUAUUUGCAAAAAGGAAAAAAAAGGUCCAAUGUGUAUUUUAGUAAAUCAAAAAAAAAAAAAAAGAAGAAAAAAAUCUACACUUCACCAAAAUGUUUCUUUAUCAGAAGAUGUGUAUUUUGUUCAGCAUUGACACCAGCUCUUAAUAAAUUGAACUUAUUUAUUUUCAGAGUUGAAAGUCAUAUUUUUGUACAUGUAACAUUCUUCUGAAAUAUGCUUUGUUUCAUUGACAUCUGCAGAUCACUGACUGCCAGUUCUGUGAAGGUGCAGUUCCCCCCAGUGCCCCCUGCCCUUCCCACACACAGAAACCCUGGGGAAGGCGUGUGACACAGCACAGGGAAUGUCACCCCCCAGCCCAGGGACACGGACACGAGGGGCACUUGCAGGAAGUGGCAAAUCUGGCAAUUGCCCUUCACUUCCCAUUAGCCAUCAGCAGUUGUUAAUUUCAGGAAGGCAAGCUUGGCAAUUCUUCUUCUUUUGCUAUGUAUUACAGUGCUUUAAUCCAGAGUGCAUAAAACUGUGCAUGGAAGCACAAAUUCUAAACCAUCUCAUCCACCACAUUUUGUUGCUUCCUCACUUCAGAAGUGCUGACGGCCUUUUGUUGGUCUGGGAUGGUACAAAUUCUUCCUGGUAUGUGUAGAGAUUUAGCUCCAGAUCCUUGCACUUUGGUGAAAGCUUAUACCCUGGCCGAGGGUACACUGAAUCUCCUUUUGGUGACUUCAGAUCGAGAUAAAAACUGGUUUAGUCUCAGCUCUACAAUGUCAAAACAUGCUGUCCUCGGUUAGUUCCUGCAAUAAGCAGCAUCUUAUUUUAGCAGUUGUUUUUCUGGUUGGGAUUUGUUUUGUUUGCUUUUUUCCUUUUAUUUAUUUUUACUUUGCUGGGACACCACACACAAAAAUCCAGUAAUAACCAAAUCAAAAUAAUAAAAGUGAUGAAUGUAUUUAUUGUGAUAACAUGCAAAAGGCCUUUGAUAGGUGCCUUUUGUGUCAGCAGUUUCACAAAGUUGCCAACAAGCUUUAUAGCCAUCAGACAAAAAUGUGAUGUUUCAUAUCUGUGCUGCAGUAUCUACCCACCCAAGCAUUUAUGUUCUAAAUGAUUUAGUAACUCUCUCUAUCUCAAAGAAGCAACAUCUGACACAAUUGCGUGAAAAAAAAAUAAAAAAGGAAAGGCUCUACUAAUAUAGAAACAAAAACCAAAACCACAAAACCAGAGUCAUCAGGAAAAUCAGCAGAUUUUCAUUGUGCAAGUUAACUUUAGGCUUUGUAAUUUUGCAGAACUGUUAAACACCACAAUUAAACAUACCGUGGUAUUUUUAUCAUUAGAGAAAUAUCAGUGAAUCAAACAAAUACAAAGCAGAUGAUGAAUUUAUUGUGAAAACAAUGAUGUCCACUAUAUAAUCCAACAUUUAAGCCAAACUAUCUCAGCUUUAAUGUUUGUCCACUGGCUGCAGUACAAGUAUAACCAUACUAACACCUAAUAGGCUUUAUUCUGGAGUGACUUCUUGGACUGUGACUAUUUUGUUGUUACAUUUUGUAGAAUAGCUGUUCAAAGACAAUAACGAGAAUUGUUAAUACAGUAUCUGUAAAAUUGGACUGUUUAAAAUACUUCACUCUCCUACAGAGUAACAAAACAAUAGAAGCAGUUUUUCAUUAUUAUUAUUUAGAUCCAUGUUUAAUGCAUUUCACAGUCCCCAAAAGAGAAGAUAAUUCCAGUGAGUUCUUCCGACAUAUGCUGCUUCAGCUAGUGACACGUUAUAAUUUACAUCCAGUUCUGCAUUGGGUCAUGUUAAGCCUUUUCUUGGAAGUCAGUGCUCCUUUUUCAUUUAUGAACUGCAUUUGUAUUACAACCAGAAUGAAAAAAGCUGGUCCUGAGUAGAGGAGAAUUGGAGAAACUUGUGCCACACCUCACCAAAUACAUAUGAAUUUUAAUUUUUUUUCUUCAGAAGACUGGUAUUUCCUAUAGGGGCAUAGAACAUUAUAUCUUAUACCUUAUCAUAUUCACCCCUACACAGCUAAGGUUUGUGUGUGUCUCUGUCCAGUUUAGCUGUCACACCCCAAACCCCCAUGCUACUAUCUGUGUGUAAAUAAGGGACAAGAGAACACACUGACAAGCUCUUCUGGCACAGAUGGCUGCAUGUGCAAUGUUUGGUACAACACCCACAGAGAGCAAACAGGACAGAGAGAAACAGGUAGAGUUAUGGCUCUAUGUUUCCCUUUUAUAGAAAAGCCAAAAUCAAUGUUAUUUUAUUACUCCUGUUUUUGAUAAUUGGAGAUGCAGGACUGAUGUUUGGAAAUUAGGUGGAGGAACAGAUAUAAAACCUGUUGGGAAUCUUCAAUCCAGCCACUGAAAAUUAUGAUAAGGCCAGCCCCAAUAAAUGGAUAUUUGAAGUUACAUCAAAGCUGGUAAAAGGCUGGGAAAGGGACAUGAGUGACAGCUGACAGACCACAUGAUGACUGUAAUAGAAAUAAGUUCUUGGUCUUUAUCAAUAAUUUUUACUCCUUCCUCAGAAGGCAAAAAGGAAAAAAAAAAUGGGGUGGGGUGGAUUUCUAGCUUUUUUUUUUUUAUUUUUUUCAUUGAUUGCAUGCAGUGCUGAUACAGGCUGUAGAAUGUUUUUUGGUAACUCAUGUGUUGGAUAAAUAGUGUGUCUGUGUGUGUCUGUUUGCAUGUAUGCAUGUCCACACAUGCACACACACAUAUAUGUGGGUGUGCACAUACACACAGCUGUAUUUUUGGGUACAUACACACACAUAUGUAUGGGGGUAUGCAUGUAUUUGAUAGAGUCAUCACAAGGUGGUAUCUUCAUUUUUAUUUUCCAUGAACUGGGGUGAAGAAAGACAGAAAACAGAAGAAAGGAUGUGACUUACAGGGUAGCCCAUGUAAGAGUUGUUUCUGCUGUUUCCACCUGGUUUGACCAAAGCUCAGCCAUCCUGGUUAUUUUUAUGAGAGAUGCACUGAUGCUUGACAUUCUGACAUGGCCAGAAUGUCUGCUGGCUCUCUCUGUUUCGUGGCUAUUAUUUUAGUUUGUCUCCUAAAGCCCAUGAGCACUAAGACAAAAGGAUAAAACUGUCCUCUGACAGAUGUGGUGGCAAAUGCCAAGCACAGCAAAAGUUAAGAUGUAAAGAAAAGAAGGCACUCAUAAUCUAACUGCAAAUUUUAACAUUUCCAUAUAUGAUUAUGCAGUUCCUUCUAAAAUUAGAAGUAUGUGAUGUAUUUGUUAAUAGGGAGAAAAUAAGAUGAAAACAUUUCCUUGUACUUUUUUAAAGCAUUCUAAACCUAUCACUGACAUUUUAACACCUUGCCUCUCAAAUCAGCUUCGAUGGCCCAAGAGCAGGGAAUACAUGGGACAGAAAGUACAAACCUUGAUCUGGGCCAGGAAUGGUCAGCUGGAUGUGAAAAGAUCUGAAUGGCCUCAGCCAAAGGUGGGAAAGGGCAAAUGCAGUUUGCAAGCACAGUACAGGAGACACUGCAAAAGCAUCAGCCUUUUAUUUACAUUGUUGGGUGCUGGAGGAUGAGGAUGGCUAUUUUUGGCCUGUGAAAAAAAGAUUUUGCAUUUCUUGAACUCUUCAUGUAGCAGAAGGAGAAAGUACAAUAGUGAGUUCUCAUUCAGGUGUUGUUGGGGUGCAUGUGUCUAAACUACAGCUGACAACUACUGCAAUAAUUGGUUGCACAAACUGAUGCAUAAACAUACAUGACCAAGAAAAAGCAAUAAUUUUCAAACUUAACAAAAACACAAUAACUUGUGUUUUUACUGUUUGACCACUCACUGGCCAAUCCUUAAAAAUUUUAGUAACUGCCCUGGAGUAGCUGACUCACAUGGGCUCAAACUGAAACACAGAGCAGGUGCUUAAAUGGUUUUAAGGAGUGGAUUCCAAAGGGCUCCUGGAUGCCAAUGAAUUUGAAAUGAACACAUAUUGAGGUCAAUGUGUGUGUGUGUGUGUGUUUUGUUUUUACAGCUGUUAUCAUUGUGAAUUUCUUUAGCACCAGAAGAAGUGUGUGUCUCACCUUUCAUUUCUAGUUUUGAAUGUGCUUUAACAAAAUAACCAAGUGUGUGAAAGGUGAUGAACAGGAAAAAGUGAAAACAGAAAUCUGUUCCCAAUGUUACAGUGGAUUAGCCUGGGAAUAUCUGUCAAAGUCAAUG